UAAAUAAAUUUUCAGUCAACUCCAACUGUGAUCAUCACUUCUAACAUUAAAUCUUCACAACACUUGAAUCAAGAAUUUAAUUUUCUGCAACAAUCUUUGUUUCAUCAUCUUCCCCAACAAGACAAACCCUCAAAUCUUCAUCUUUUUUCCCCCAAAAAGAUGUUCAAAUCUUUAUCACGUAACAAACCACCAACCGGCCACCAUACUUUCAACAACUACUACACCAACUGGAUAACCACCAUGAAAACCACCCAUCUCCCCAAUCUCCGCCACCACAUGUCCGCCUCCACCCCCACCCUCCUCUCCGCCCACGUUGAAAUCCUCCACCACCACUUCAAAUCCUACUACCACGCCCUCGACCUCGCCGCCUCAGCCGACGUCUCCCAAAUCCUCUUCCCCUCCUCCCACCGCAACCCCCUCGAACUCCCCUUCCUUUGGCUCGGUGACCUCCACCCCUAUCUCUUCACCAACCUCAUCCGAUCAUACCUCAUUCAACACGAUAGUUCUUCGGUUAUCGACCCUGAAAACGACGAAUAUGAUAGAGGGAAUGGAGAUCAUGAAGUGGGAAGUGAAAGUGGACGUGAAAGUGAAGAGGGUAUGGAGGAAAUUGAAGUGGGGGAGUCUUGUGAGUUUUUGAAGAAACAAUGGCCGUUGAUGAAUGCAUGGAAGGUUCAGUCUAGUAAAUUAACGGCUAGGAUUGAUCAGAUAGAGCGCGGGUUGAGGUUGAUGGUGCCGGCGUUGAUGGAUAGGGUUAGGAAGGCUCAGGCGGGGUUUGUGGCGAAAGUGGGGUCCGGGGAGGCGACGGCGGCAGUGGCGGCAGCAGAGAUGGAGGAGGAGAUGGUGGGGAUUGUGAUGGAUGCUAAUAGGUUGAGGAAAGAUGUUAUAUCUGAGAUUGUGAGUGUGAGUAGUGUGUAUCAAGGUGCUUUGUUUCUUGAAGGGUUGGCCCAAUUUCUUGUUGGGAUUAGAGAUGAGAAGAUGUUGUUGGAGUUUAAGAAGUGUAAAAGAUUGAUGAAAUGAUGAUGAUGGGGAUAUUGUUGUAAAGAUCAAAGCUUGAUGAUCUUUGGGGAUAAAGUUCAAGAAUCAAGAUUAGGGUUUCAUCAAGUGUUUGUAAUUAAUGUUUGUUUGUUUGUUUUAGUGGUUUUGGGGGUGGGAAGUUGUUGCAGGAAAUGUAAGUCAUUGAUCAAAUGAAGUUUGAUUGAUGAUGAUCUUGUAAAGAUCAAAGCUUGAUGAUCUUUGGGGAUGUGUUUCAAGAAUCAAGAUUAGGGUUUCAUCAAGUGUUUGUAAUUAAUGUUUGUUUGUUUGUUUUA